AUGAAGCCCCAUCGCAUUCGAAUGGCACACAGCCUAAUUAUGAAUUACGGCUUGUACAAGAAACUCGAGGUCUACCGCGCCAAACCCGCCACGCGCCACGAAAUGACACAGUUCCACACCGACGAGUACGUCGACUUUCUGCAGCGCGUCACUCCCGACAACAUGGACAACUUUGCCAAGGAACAAGGCAAAUACAAUGUCGGGGACGACUGCCCGGUCUUCGACGGCUUGUUUGAAUUUUGUGGGAUCAGUGCCGGAGGCAGCAUGGAGGGUGCGGCUCGGUUGAAUCGAAAGAAAUGCGACGUUGCUGUCAAUUGGGCCGGCGGCUUGCAUCACGCGAAAAAGAGCGAGGCCAGCGGCUUUUGCUACAUCAAUGACAUUGUCCUCGGAAUCAUCGAACUCCUCCGCUUCCACGCUCGUGUCCUCUACAUCGACAUCGACGUCCAUCACGGCGACGGCGUCGAAGAGGCAUUCUACUCCACCGAUCGCGUCAUGACUGUCUCCUUUCACAAAUACGGUGAAUACUUCCCUGGAACUGGCGAACUGCGCGACAUUGGCGUGGGCAACGGCAAACACUACUCGGUCAACUUCCCUCUACGCGACGGCAUUGACGAUAAGAGCUACAAGGGCAUCUUCGAGCCGGUGAUACAAUGGACGAUGGACUAUUACAGGCCGGAAGCUGUUGUGCUCCAGUGCGGAGGUGACAGCCUGAGCGGGGAUCGACUGGGGUGUUUCAAUCUGAGCAUGAAAGGCCACGCCAACUGUGUCAACUUUGUCAAGCAAUUCAAUCUUCCCACCCUCGUCCUCGGCGGCGGAGGAUACACCAUGCGUAAUGUUGCGCGCACGUGGGCGUACGAGACGGGCCGGCUGGUGGAUAUGGACAUGGGCACCGACUUGCCAUUCACGGACUACUACGAAUACUACGCCCCCGACUUCGAACUCGAUGUGCGCCCGAGCAAUAUGGACAAUGCAAACUCCCCCGAGUACUUGGAGAGGAUUCGAAACCAAGUCUUUGAGAACUUGAAGCGCACGACUCAAGCCGCGCCCUCGGUGCAGAUGCAAGAUGUGCCUCGCGGGCCUAUGGGUAUGGAGGGAACUCUGGACGAGGAAGAAGACCAGCUGGACGAUGAGGAAGCAGACCUCGAGGAGAGCAAAGAUCGCCGCUACACGCAACGCCUGUGGGACAAGAAGGUCGAGCGCGAUGAUGAAUUCUCCGAUUCCGACGAUGAGGAGAUUGCGGAGGCGAAUGGGGUGAGAAAACAACCAAAUCGGCCGAAGCGUCGUGGUAUCAUGGACUACCAAAACCCAUACGCGCCGCCGAUGGAGGGUGGAAGUGGAGUAAAUACUCCAAUGGCCGAAGAUGCACGAAGCGUCAACGGCGAUGCGGAGGACGAGGAUGGUGGUGCGGAUGGCAUGCAGCUUGACGGUGCUGCGGAGGUGCAGGCUGCAAACGCGGCAGUGGCAGAGGAGAUCAUCGCGGCGAAAGCAAAGAGCCCAACCCCGACGGCUGCCGCCGAGACAAAGGUGGAAGAAGCGAGUAACGUUGGCGUGGCAGGUGACGAAAACGCCGCAGGCGACAGCAUGGACGUCGAUCCCGUGGAGGCGGCUGCUCCAGAGCCCGCGACGGAGCCUACUCAAGCACCGCCUCAGGUUUCGACUCCUCCCAAGUCUCCGGCAGACGCUCCGCCAGCGACGGAAGCACCGGGUGUGACGGGUCAAAUGGCUCCCAACAGCACAGCUGGCGCUGAUGUCGAGAUGAGCGAGGACGCCGCCAAGGAGAGGGAGGAAGGGGUGAUGGAGAGGAACGCGGAGGACGUGACUGCGGAGGCUGCCACGGAGAAGGCGAGUGGGGAUGAUGGCGUUGCUGGAGCGGAGUAG